CAACAGUUUGCAUAUGUGCCUCCCACUUUUUAAGGGACCAAAAGUAAUGGGAAAGAAUAAAAAUCAUAACUUUCGUUUCUUUAAUACUUGGUUGCAAAUCCUUUGCAGUCAAUUACAGCCUGAAGUCUGGAACGCGUUAACAUCACCAGACGCUGGGUUUCAUCCCUGGUGAUGCCCUCCUAGGCCUCCAAUGCAACUGUCUUCUGUUCCUGCUUGCUCUUAGGGCAUUUUCCCUUCAGUUUUGUCUUCAGCGAGUGAAACGCAUGCUCAAUCGGAUUCAGGUCAGGUGAUUGACUUGGCCAUUGCAUAACAUUCCACUUCUUUCCCUUAAGAAAGUCUUUGGUUUCUUUUGCAGUAUGCAUUGACUUUGACACACAUACAGCUACCUCCUGGAGAGUGUUCUUGAUCUGACCAACUGUUGUGAAGGGUCUUUUCUUCACCAGGGACAGAAUUCUUCGGUCAUCCACCACAGUUGUUUUCCGUGGUCUUCCAGGUCGUUUAGUGUCGCUGAGCUCACCAGUGCGUUCCCAUUUUUUAAGAAUGUUCCAAACAGUCGGUUUGGCCACGCCUAAUAUUUUUGCUAUCUCUCUGAUGGUUUUCUUUUUUUUGUUCAGCCUAAUGAUGGCUUGCUUCACUGAUAGUGACAGCUCUUUGGAUCUCCUCUUGAGAGUUGACAGCAACAGAUUCCAAAUUCAUACAGCAUACUUCAAAUGAACUCUGGACCCUUUAUCAGCUCAUUGUAAUUGGAAUAGUGAGGGAAUAACACACAUCGUGUCAGGUUCUGGCUCUGUUAUCAGUUUUAUUUUGAAGGCACUUUGUUUUUCAGUCAUAUCAUCAUGUUUUGGGUUCCAGUUUCCACUUCCUGUCUUUAUUUUGGUAGUCCCCCGGUUUCGGUUUUCGGUCCCAGCUUUACUUCCGGUCCUCAUUAGUCGCACCUGCUCCGUAUCAGUAAUCACUUCUUGUAUUUAACCACCACCUGGUUCCUUAGUUCCCCGCCAGAUCGUUGUACGUAUUCUAGUCUUCACUUUCCAGCACCUAGUUAUCCUGCCUGCAUGUUUUUGAUCCCGUUUUGUUUUCUGACUCCUGACUCUCACCUGCUCCUAACCCGUACUGAGGGUUAGGAGGAUUGCCUGAGGAUUUCCAGAACGCCGAACCUGACCGCCCGACUACAAGACAGCCUGCUCCUAUACGUAUAAGGAUGCCUUUAUGAAGGCAAAUCCAGGGUACAAGUGGUGUCCCACCACCAGCAAACCAGUGAAAAGCUCUUCCUGUCAGCCAGUUAGCAACCCUCGCAAAAAGGUUUGGCCCUUCUCUUCCAACUCAUCCAAGGACUCCACUGCCAAAAAAGUGCCCAAAACUGAUAGCAUGCCACAGCUGCACUUUGCCAUGGCAGAUCCUACUAAAAUGGGAGGCCUUAGUUUGCUGCUGUUGGCUGGGGAACAUGCCCUCACAAACAAGGAGAUUCUAUCCAGCACUAAACCUAGUUUACUUGACACAACCAGCGAAGGAAACUCCUUUCCAGGGGAUAAGGUAAAGAUGUUGUCUGGAACAAUACCGAACCGAGUGCCUGACAUUACUGAAAGCAGGGUUAAGUCUGGCCUUUCCCUACUGCCGGAGUCACAGUCUGCCACAUAUGAAGGGAAACCAUGCAGACAGUCGACUUUAUUCCAAUUGGCUGAGAUGUGCUUGGCAUCUGAAGCUGGAAAAAAUGACACGGUUAUACUUCCUCAAGAGGACAGCUUAUCUACAGUUUCUCUGCAGCAAACUGUAGUUGUGGAAGAGGUUAAGGAGGAAAAAUCAGACACGGAAUACUGUGCUUCCACCCUUCACACUUCAGCCCCUUUACCAUCCUCAGUCACUUCUACCUCCACUGACGCCAUUCUCUCACAACUUGGUAGCCAAAAUACUUGUGUCAAAAAGAAGAGCAAGAAGAAAGAGGCAGCAAAGAUAAGUGAUAAUAGUGAUCUUCUAUGCUCCACAAAGAAGAUUAUUAAAAAGUGUAAUGAUGCAGAAUCACAUAUAGACAGUGUUUUCAGUACAAUUGUGGCAGUGGCCAAAGGAGCCUUCAGUGACUCCAGUGAAAAGGUCAAGAAAACCAUCCAGAGCAAUCCCAUUGAAGGACAUUUUAGUUUACCCAAAGAGAAGAGUAAGUCAAAAGCAAUCUCAUUUAUCAGACAAAAAAAGACAAUGGAUAGCGACAGCAGACAGGACACUUCCCCUGUAGUGGAAAUGAAGGAAGAUGUGACUACUGUUAGCCCCACAACCGAAACAGAUGAAGCAAGUGGAGACCUCCAGGGCAGCAUGGCUAAACCUCAUCACUUCCACUGCACUCACUCUUCUGCUAAGCCCAAAGAGGAAGAGAAGGAAGAAGAGAGGCAGAGUGAAGUGAACUUUGAAUCCAAUGAAGAAAACCGUGGCUUCAGGAAAUCAGAAAGAACCUGUAAAGGAGCCUUGUAUAAAACACUUGUUUCUGAGGGAAUGCUAACUUCACUGAGAGCCAAUAUUGACAGAGGUAAAAGAGGGGCUCUCCGUGCUUCUGAUCAUGUGCAUGAUGCCAACUGGAGCGAUGACAGCUGGACACUUCCUCAAAUGGGACCUAAUAAUUUCAAGAAACUGAAAAAGUCCAAGUCCAAAGAUGAAUCUCUACAGGGCCUUGGAAAACUGGAAGAAGAGUUUGAAAAGAAAUUUAACAGCCUUCCACAGUAUAGCCCAAUGACAUUUGAUAAGAAGGGAACUGCCGUGACAAAGAAAAAGACGCUCAACAGUUCCACUGUCCAAGAAGAAACCUGUAAAGUUGCAAAAGGACUAUCUCCCUCUCAGAAAAAGAUGUCAUUCCACAAGAUUGUUAGGAAGCACAAACACAAAAAGGAGAAACCAGGUGCAGUGGACACAGCAUUGGUACAGAGUGAUUUCACAUUGCUGGAUUCACCCUCUAAGGCCAAAUCAUUGGCCCCCAUUGCCAUAAUGUGCCCAGAUGUCCAGGGCACCGCUAGUAUGGAAAUGCUAGUUGGUAGCCAGAAAAGAAAGGCUAGGAAAACCAAGAUUACACACUUGGUACGCACAGCAGAUGGCGGUGUAUCUCCAGCUGUGGAGGACAAAACUAGGGACCUGAACCAGGAACAGGAUAAGAAGCCAUUAUCCCAAUUGAAUUUAUGCAAUGAAAAAGGGUGCUUCAAUAAUGCUACAUCAGAGGGGGCAGCAAGGAGCACUAUAUCCCAAGAGCUACCUGCUUUCUUUAGCCUGGCAGCUCUUGCUGAAGUAGCUGCCAUGGAAAACAGUCACAGGAGCCCAGGAGCUUUGACUGAGAGUCAAAAGAAAGCGCUUGCCCAGACUCCAGUCCUCAUAUCCUGCACUGAUCAGUAAACCUCUUCUACUGCUGCUGCUACAAGGCUGCUACUGAGCACCAGACAGACAUUGGCAGGAGCUCCUUUCCCGAGUGAUAACCCUGUGCUGAAGGGGGCCUGAUCAUUAAGCUCUGGAGCUCUGGAGAUAGUCCACCUUCCCUUUAGUGAUAUAUUUGCUUAAAUGCAGUUUGAUAGUGGGGAGAAAGAAAACGUUUUCUCUUUUCUCCCUGCUUCUCACUAUCUCAGUUUUUCCCUCAAAGCCUUCCUUUUGUUUGUGGCAGGAUGCCUUUCUGAACUCCUAACCUCCUGCUGCUCUAGAUGUGCUGUUAGAGCCUGUUGAAUAAUCAUGCUGUACCCUGUGCAUGGGUUUCCCUAUAGAAAUGAUUGUCAUGGAUUUAUUGCAACACUGUUUUGUCAAAUAUAGACCAUUUUAAGGUCAAGUAUGGCAAUUUAAAUUCAGCAUUUUAGGUAGUAAAAAAAUUUGUUCUUGCUUUUUUAAUAACGCACAGAUUUUUUUAUCACCUUUUUACCUCGCAUACAGUAUACACCAACUGAAACGUUUUCCUUCACCUCUGGUAGAAUACCUCUAUCUCUAAAGCUCAAGGCCCUUCCAGCUUCAACCCAAAAUGUCUUUAACCAGGGUAAAUAAUUAUGAUAUAAAGACCUCCAUUACCAAACUACUUGCUUAGUGUUUUUCUCUGGUACACUAAUCUGAUGUACUCAAACUAUAUAAAAAACCUUGUUUGGGUAUUUCAUAUGUAUGUUGAGAUGAUGCUAUUGUAAAACAAAAUGUGGUAGCUAUAAAUAGCCAUGCUACAUUGUAUGUGUAACAGCACACCUGUGCAUACCUUUGCAUCUGUAGAUGAUGACAAUAGCUGAGAGUCUUUCUUCCAGGUUUUUUAGUAGAUUAACAUCUUGAAAAUAUUUUUUUGUCUAAAGGAGAAUUAGUGAAAGUAAAUAAUGUUAGCCUUAACCCACUCUUUCCAAGACACCAUUGCAAUGCCCUCAACCAACGGCUUGCUCAAUGCCAUCAGUUUUAAAGUCAUCGUCUCGUUUUUUUGUCAAAACUUGAUCUUACUGCAGUUUGUGUAGCAUGUAGAGAAGUUCAUUCCUUGUGUGCAACUUGAUUCAUUAAUAGGAUUUUUUGAUUAAGUAAACAGUGCACUAAUUUUCUAGUAGAAGCCUGUGUGUGUGCUCUUACUUUGGAACGGUAAUAAAAUGCCUUGUCUCAACUGGUUAAAGUGUUGUUAGAUAGUUACGUGUGCAUAUUGUUCCUUCAAUGUCCUCAGGACCAGGCUAAAGCCAUCCACAAGCACCAGUGGAAAAGAUCCAGUUUGUUACUGGAUAUGUCUCAUAAAAUGAGAAAUCUGGAUAAAUAGUAUAAGAAUACAAUUUUCUGAUUUAUCAAGGUUAACACACCAAGAUCUUUUUUAAGUUAAUGAGGACAAGGCAUUUAAAUUAGCUUCCUAUCGGUCUUUUGAGAUUUUAUUGCCAGGUAAUGGUCUACUCAGAGGUCAUGAGACAGUUUUCAGUGUUGGAAGUUGUCAGAAUCAUUCCAAUUGCAUGCUUCUAUCUUGGGCCCUACCUUGAGUUUACAAGUGAUCAGCAGUUGUAAUGAGGAAAAGUUGCAGGUGAGCUGCCAAUUUAUUGUCUUCCCUGGAAAUGCUGCCACACGCUAGUGGACAUUAACUUAGCUAUUAAGCUUUUAGCAGCCAUAUUAAAUACUUAUAUAUCAGUAAUUCUAGCCUCUGUGUAGACCAAUACUUAAUGUGCCCAUGUUGUAGACUGAAUCUUUUUUUUUUUUUUUUUUUUUUUGCUUUUCUAGAUUUUUUAUAUAGAUAGAUUUUGGACUUUACUUUCUGUUUUGUGUAUGUUUAUGAUGCUCGUUUAGUUCUUGUUUAGGAACUUCAUUGUUUUUUCUUAAGGUCAAGUGUAGUGGAUUAAGACUGUCAGAUAUAGGUCCAGCUCAUAGCUUUAUGCUUAACUGCUAAGCAGAUGAGCACUGAGAUAGAUCCAUUGUCAAUGAGCUUGUCUUUCAUCUUUGGACUGUAUUUACUAUGUCUGUGUUCUUAUUUUUCAGAUGUGUUGGGAUGUACUCGGAGUACUUUUUUUACAACAGAACUGACUAAUAAGAAAUGAAUGGCUCUGGGAACUCAUGCAUCUUAAAAUAAUUAUUUUCCUAAAUCAAUUGUUAAAUGCGUGCUUAUGUCUGCAAAUAGUGCAGUAUGUGCAACAAAUUUAUAUAUCCUCUCAAAAUCUGUCCUUAGAUGUAAUUAUGUAACUGCAAAUGCUUAUGUUUACCACUUACGUUAAUGGGAACCACAAAAUGCUUUAUGCAAAUCUUAAUAUAAAACAUUGUGUAUUAUAUAAUAUAGUUUUCAAGAUAUGAGAGAACAUAAUUUAGUUACUGGUCAGGCGUCAAUAUCUUUUCAAAGAGAAAGGAAUUGUCCUCCCUGUAAUUUAGUUUAAUGUCAUUUGCCAAAGGGAAAGGACUAUUCAAAUGGAAAUCGUGUUUUGAAAAAGGAAAUCUAGCGUAACAGUUGCACUGCUUUCACUAGGUGUGUAAAACUUCAGGUAACAAUAUCAGCACAAUCCUGUGUAUCUUAUGGGACCCAGAGUUGGAAUGAAGUGCAACAAAAUGGCAUCAUUCAAUGUCUGUUUAUUAAACCAUAUUUGCACCUUAUGACCCAAACCAAAAUUAAAAUGGCCUUUAAAGAAAAUAGAUGAUUUUUACCCACUCUGGAAGUUAUGCAUUUUAAUUAAUACAGUAUAUAUGAGAAUUCACUCAAUAAACAAAUCUGCACAUCUACAAACUAGCCAUAAUACUCUCAUCUCUCUAUUCGAUUAGUUUUCUAUCUAUAAAAUGCUUCUAUAAAAUUGAAUUUCCUGUAUUAGUCUCCUAUAAGACUACAAUAUCCUUUGUGCAAGUACUGUCUUGAAUGUAAUCAUUUUAUACCUGUAUUUUUCUUAUUCAGUCUUGAUUGUACUGUAUGUAUGUAUGUAUGUAUGUAUGGUAUACUUUUCUCUAGGUGCAUCAUUACCUUACAACCAACAAAGAGAGAGAGAGAGACUAUUCCUUUUUUGGGGGUUUAGUCAAAUAAAAAAAAAAUAAUGAAAAAAACACAACUAAAUAUGCAUCCAUUUAUACAUGAACGUGAACCUAAACGAUUAUCUAUCCUUUACUAGAAUGUAGAUCAUGGCUUUCUCUUGUUUUUUUGUAAAGAGGAGGUUAUGCCAGAUCUUACAAGGCUCUUUCUUCUGAUAGUUUGUACAACAUGUGCUUAAUCUUAUUUAUGUUACCAGUAAUUAUGUUGAUAAAUAUGUUUAUUUUAUUGUUACAGCUCAGUUUUAAAUGCAGCCUUGCCUUACCGGAGGCCCUGCUUAGUGAGGGAUCCCGCCACCCUUCCAGCUGCCCUACCCUACCCAAAACUCCUAUGUCAUAACACUGUUUGCUGAUGCAACUAUUAUUCCUUUCACACUUUCCGCUGACACAACUAUUACUUAUUGAACAACUAUUAAAAUAACAUCUAUUACAUCUG